AUGUAUGCAGGACGCAAGAGGAGAAAACCAGUUCAGAGAGCGGUGAAGCAGCCACCGGCUGAAGGGGCCAAAUCCAACCCGUCCAAACGGCACAGAGACCGUCUGAAUGGAGAGCUGGAGCGGCUGGCCAGCCUGCUGCCUUUCCCCGAGGAGGUCACCGCCAGUCUGGACAAGCUCUCCAUCCUCCGGCUGAGCGUCAGCUACCUGAGAGCCAAGAACUUCUUCUCCGUCGCCCUGACCAGUCGAAACGGUGUGACUCCGCCCAGUGCAAAUGAUGACGACAGUAAAACAGCGGUGGAGGCCAAGAUCCCUGAGGGUGAACUCCUGCUGCAGGCUCUCAACGGGUUUGUCCUGGUCCUCACAGCCAGUGGCACCAUCUUCUUCUCCUCUCACACCAUCCAGGACUACUUGGGCUUCCACCAGACGGACGUGAUGCACCAGAGUGUGUAUGAGCUGGUCCACACAGAGGACCAGCAGGAGCUCAGGAGAAACUUGCACUGGGCUCUGAAUCCUCCUGCCGCUGCGUCUGCCGUUACCCAGGACUCCCCCCAAGAUAUGGAACCUGACAGCAGCUCCGCUCUGGUCACCUACAACCCCGAACAGCUUCCCCCUGAAAACUCGUCCUUCCUGGAGAGGAGCUUCGUGUGUCGGUUCCGCUGCCUGCUGGACAACUCCUCCGGCUUCCUGGCUUUGAACAUCCAGGGCCGGCUCAAGUUCCUGCACGGACAGAACCAGCGGCAAGAGAACGGAGGGAAGGCGCCGCCGCAGCUCGCCCUCUUUGCCAUCGCCACUCCUCUGCAGCCUCCGUCCAUCCUGGAGAUCAGGACCAAGAACAUGAUCUUCAGAACCAAACACAAGCUGGACUUCACACCCUUGGCCUGCGAUGCAAAGGGGAAGAUAGUUUUGGGGUACACAGAGGCUGAGCUGCGCGUACGAGGAUCCGGCUACCAGUUCAUCCAUGCAGCAGAUAUGUUGUACUGUGCAGAGAACCAUGUCAGAAUGAUGAAGACUGGAGAGAGUGGUCUGACUGUGUUCAGGCUCCUCACCAAGGAGAAUCGCUGGAAAUGGGUCCAGGCCAAUGCCAGGCUGGUGUACAAGAAUGGCAAACCAGACUACAUCAUCGCCACCCAGAGGCCUCUUUUGGAUGAAGAGGGAGGAGAGCACUUGCGCAAGCGCUCCAUGCAUCUACCCUUUACCUACGCUACAGGUGAGGCUCUACUCUACCAGUCCAACCAUCCCAUUGCAGGCUUUAGAGAUGGAAGCCUGGAGAAAAACGGUAGCAAGUCGAAGAAGAGCCGGACUGACAGGCUGCUGAGGGAUGGUCUGGACCCUGGCUCCCUCCUGGGGGCGUUAAUGAGUCAGGAUGAGUCGGUGUACGUUUGCCAGCCCGCUCUGGAGCCCAAAAUGUCCUUCCACAGCAGCUUUUUUGGAGAGCAGAUGGGCUUCUCUGACUCCGAACCACCUUCCAGCUUGCACAGAAGCUGGGACGAGCCAAGCAACGGCAUGGUAGUUCCAGGCAUCACAGAGCCAAACACAAGCUUCGACCCACUGCUUGCCACUCUGGACUCCCUCUCCUUGGAAAGCCAAGGUGUUGUGGACGCAGACGAGGGCGGGUGUUCAAACGGUGAGCUAUUCGGAGCUCUGGAGGGGUUGGGGCUGAGUGCUGAGGACCUGGAGCUGCUGUUGCUGGAUGAGCGGAUGAUCAGAGUUGAGAUGGACCCCGAACGCGUGCCCACUUUGGACGACCUGCUGACGAAUGACGAGAUCCUUUCAUAUAUCUACGACUCCAUAGAGGGAAAGACUGAUUCCGCAGAGCACGGAGGACAGGUGCCUCCUAGUACGUCCUCAGCGACAGCCACAACACUGUCACUACCUGAAAGUAAUCCCACCUCUGACGCUAACGUGCAAAUGCAGUUUCCUCACCAUAAGCCUCCCCUGGUGGGGCAGGCUCCCAUCGUCCAGCUGUCCCAGCAGAUGCAACAGCACCUCAACAUGCGAACAGGUAAAGUAGCACAUGACUGGGGUCAACAGAGCGACCACUUGGCAAACACGAUAGUCAACGGAGAACUGCUGGGGCAAAAUCAAUCUAUUCCCAACGGACAGUGGACUGCCCAAGACAUUCUCACCAGUGCAGGGAUACAACUGGACCCCUUUAACAAACAACAGACUAUUUUCAAUGGCAAGGCCUCAGAGCUGGAUGGCGAGCUCCAUCAGCAGCAGACACAUCAACGCUACCUUCAGCAGAAGCAACCGAGGAUGCAGAACCAGGGCUCGCAGCAGUGCCAUGCCAAACAGAAGGCGGCCAACCUCAACGGACUGUGCGGCAUCUCCAGCACGGAGCAUUCAGCCGGGAAAUCCCAGUGGCAGGACUUCGGAUUCAGUGAGAGUCUGGGCAGCAACCCCUGCCUUGAUAACAGCCAAAAACCUCUUACAAACACCUCACUAGAUUCUUGCAUGGAUUAUAGUAUGCCUGACAUUGACAAUGCAGAUUACACUAUCAGUGGAAGUGGUUUGCUUGGGCGUAGCGGGCAGCAGCACGGGGCCGAGUCCAUGGUCUCAUCCUUCCAGGGGAUGAACCACAAACGGCAACAGGAGCAAAUCCCGGUUCCUUUGGCCCAGGUCAUCUCCAGCCUGUCGCAGUGCCCGCCCCCCAACGCCUCCCUGGAGCAGAUCCUGGGAGUGGGCAAGCCCUGCCGGCAGCUGGACCACUACGGCCACAUGGUGACCUCGGAGAUGCCUCAUGAGCCCAAUCAUAGUAAGAUGGAGAACGGCUGCAUCCUGAACAGUGCUUACCCAGGAGGCUGUGCUCUGCCCAAUGGGAACGGACCAGCGCCCCCUGCUGUCCAGAUGCCCGUCCCUGAGACGUUGUCCAGCCUCCCCGACCCACCAGCCACGGGCUUCUACCUCUGACCGUCUGACCAGGAGCAGUCCUCUGUUCGUGGCCAGAAACACACCAUGACUGGAGCAGCCUUAUACAUCUUGACACCACAACAAACAAAGCUGAAUAAACGUAGGCCUAUAUUAUGUUUUUCUUCUUUUCUUUCAUUUGGAAUUUGGAAUUUUUUUCGUGCGUGUGUGUGUGUGAUGGGGGGAUUAUUGUGUUGUAUUUCAAGUCAUAUUAUCAUAUGAGUCCUUUGUUUACAAUAAUGCAGUCAAGAGUGCUCAGUUGAGUUUAUUUUAAGUGAUACAGAGAGGUAGGUAUGAGUUUUAUAAAUCUGCAUUCAGAUCUAAUACAAAGCACAUUUUAGAUUUUGGAUAGCUCUGGGAUUUUAAUUAUUCACUAUUUAUGACAUUUCAUGCAGGAAUGUGUUAUAUUUUAUGUACCAUGAAAGAUCAAGAUAACACGAGGAAGUGAAGCCCUGAAACAUUUUGAUCGAUGGGGUUAUUGGUGGGUCAAUGACUGAUACCACUUUACCACUGGAAGUUCAAUACAACCCAUCAUUUGCAGUAGGUUAAGGGAUUAGAUUUAGAUUUUGUCAUUUUUUGAAGCAAAAAUACUUAAUAACAUUUCCUGGUUCCAGCUUCUCAACUGUCAGGAUUUGCUGUUUUUCUUUCUCUUUAAUUAAAUUGAACAUCUUUGAGUUUAAAACUGUCAUUUGGACAAAAUAAGUCGCAUUGCGUGACAUUUUACAGACAAACCGAUUUAUCGAUCAAUCAAGAAAAUAAUCAGCAUAUUAAUCGAGAAUAAAAAUAGUUGCAGCCUUGAAUUGUAAGAUUCAAAAACCAACAGAUGCAGAUGAACUGAAUUCAUGAAUGUACAGAAACAGAAAGGAGAGGGUCUGACCAAUCUGACCAAGCACCAAAUGUAGUUCUGUCACUCUUCUAAUUUGGUAUCAGGGUUCAGACGAUGUGCUUUGCUUUGUAUCUGAAUGCAACACACACACACACACACACACACACACACACACACCACACACCCUGUCAGUGUAACUCCAUCGUUUCUCCAAGUUUUUUUUUUGUUUUUUUUGGUUACCAGCAGUCGACAGGACAUCAGCACCGCUCAUAGUUUUUUCGUCAUGCAACAAGAAUGUAAUCUUUCAGUGUUCGGUGAUUUCUUUGUUGAACGGUUUCAUUCGUCAACAAUGAGAUUAAUCUGUGUAUGUUUGAAAAAAGUAUAGAAUAUGGAAAUUAUGGCUAGAAAUAUCCUGCACUUUAUUUCAGGCACCCACUUAAUGCAGAUCUGUAGUCAGGGAUACUGGGGUUAUAAAAUCAACAGACCCUGUUUUUAUUUUAUUUUUUUUGUUUUUUUUUUGUUUUUUGAAGCAACUGAUGGAAGUUGGACCAGUUUGCAUUUUCUAUUCUUACGUUGAGGUACAUUUCAGGUGAUAGGUUAAUGUCCUCACAAGCACAAACACUCCUGUACAAUUGUUAGUGUCAUCAUUUUCAUCUUUCUCCACUUGAAUUAUUAAAAUUAUUAUUUUUUUGUUGUUGAUAAUGUUGAUAAUCUUGGACCUCUGGAUGAGUUUUAUUUCUUUUUUUUUAUUUUGGUCUUUGUUAAAAGUUGAACUGACUUGAUUAGAAGAAGUCACGUAAUUUAAAUUUUUCUGUAUUUAUUCAUGUCCUACAGCAAGUAAGCAUCCUGGAUUGUUUUGAAGUUGAUGUGUAAGACAUUUUCUUGAACAAAAAGAAACAUAGAAAAAGAAAAUGUAAUCCUUCGUGGUUCUCUUGCUAAGCAGUAGUUGCACCCGCUCUCCUGAGGGAAUCAACAAAAUCUUUUUUUUUUUUCUUAUUCUUUUCAUUUUUUACAGUGAAUCCAGACCCAAAUCCAUUACAGUGAAAUCAAACCCGAGUUUUUAAAAGGAAAAGUCUGACAUCUUAGGAAAUCAUCUUGUCGGAGGCAGUGAAGACGGCUAUAAAGCAACAAGUCCUCCAACCCUCGAGUGCCUCCUGAAAUAUCGUCCCUAAGGCGACGGGCGUCAUGGUUGGUUGUCAUGGUUACAAUAAUAAACACGCGGACCGAUCCGAGAGCGGCGUACCUACGUACCGUUGCCUUGGUUACUGUAAUAACGGUCACAGCUUGGUUAGGUUUAGGCACAAAAAACUACGCGGUUAGGUUUAGGAAAAGAUCGUGAUAUGGGUUAAAAUAAGUACUUCCUCAACAUUAGACGAUCUCUGUUGUCAUGGUUACAGUAAUAGCAACGUGGUUAACUUUGUCCAACAACAUAAACUGCUACUUUAACGUGAGAAUUGAACACUGCGCACCUGUGUUUUCUUCACUCAUUCUUUCACUCUGACGCGGACUUUGUCGCGCAAUGUAUUACGUCAACGCACUUUUCCCUCUGCUCCCGUCAUAAUUACUACGGCCGCUAGAUGACGCCUAACAACAACACGUAACUGCACAAACGACCUAAUGGCUCGUUCCAAUGAUGAAGACACUGGAUCUCCUCACCGGAUAUGUCGCCCGAGUUAAAAGACGAACAUAUUUCCCCCAAAAUGUCAGACUUUUUCUUUUAAAUGGUAGCAAACUUGGUGAUAUAUCAGGUCAGUAACUUCAGGUCUUGGGGGUAGUUACAGAAUGACAAACACUGAAAAACCAAAUGUGAGUAUUAAAAAGAGAUCUUUACUGGACGGAUACAGUUCUGAAUGUUUCUUGUACAUAGUGAAAUGACUGGAAAAUGAUGCAGAGUAGAAUUAUUUCAUCAAGAAGGUGAUGCUGAAAAGAGAUUUCCAUUUAAUUGUUCAAAAUAAUGUCAUUACUGUUGGUAUUAAUAUUAUUGCUGUAAUGUUUUAUGUUGCAAUGUGAUACACACGUGGUUACAUGUCAUUCAGAUUGACUUUGUUUCUUUCCCUUUCUUUUUUCUACAGCAGAAAUGUUUGCUAUAUUUAAUAUGAUUAAUGUGACUUAUUAACAAUGUGAAAAAAAAUGUGUGUGUAUAUAUAAACAAGGCAAACCAGCUUUGACAAAUACAGGUAUGUACAUAGUUUUACGUCAAGUCACUCAUUUCAAGCACUAUUUUUAAAACACAUGCUUAUCAAACUCCUUUGUUGAUUCUUUUUUUUUUUUUUUUUUUAAUUGUAAAUAGUCUCUCAUCACAAAACACUGGACUCUAUGACAGCCCGAAAAUGGUGCCAUACUACUGAGACUUGUUAAAUAGGCUCUAAUGUUGGAGAGUUUAAUUUUGUCUUUUUGCUUAGCCACGGUAACGUUAACAUGCUAACAGGACAAGGUGUAGAUGUUGCAGGUUUGAUCCGUGUCCUUUGACUGCUUGUUUCAAAUGUUUGUUUUUUUUCUUCCUUUUGAAAUAAAAGGAUUUCUUCAAAUCACAGCGGGGAAAAAACCACAAACAUCUUGCGAGCAUACAACUCUGACCACUCAUGCGUCUGCUUCUCUCUGAGUCCUCCAGUUUUGUAUUCACUCAGACAGUAAAACGGCAGCAGGGGGUGUCCAACCUUUGUCAGUGACUCCUACCUGUGGACCCCUGACAUGUAAAGGUGCUAUAUGUGUGUAGCAUUUUAACAUCAAUAAAUCA